AAGCUCGAUUAUGAAAUUAGUACUUUCCACGACGCGGAGAUUAUUGCAGAUUGCUUGUUUAUGGCAUGACUUAUCGCCGUUGCUAUCGUGUGAAGGUCACAGGUAAAAGUUGCUGAAUGUGAUUUUGGGUGUUGUUUUCAGCUAGAGAGAUAAGGAGUGGCAGUGAGCGAGGGGAGGUUGCAGGUGCAGGAGUGAACGGGGUCGCGGCAAAAAGACACAGAGAAAGGAUUGUCUAAAAGAUGUAAAUGAAGUAGGGAGAGAGAGAGAGCGAGGACGUCGCGAGUGGCAGGAGAUUUAGCCGGGUGGCGUUGGCACCGGUGCCAGGGCGAGCGAGGCAGCACCAUCGGCAGCGGCGGCGGCGGCUGCGGGAGGCUAGAAGCGUGCAGUAGUGUGGUGAGGUGCGUAACGCGCGGUGGUCCAGUGCAGUGCCGUGUUCUCCUACGUCGUAGCUUGGGAUGUGCUGGUGGCGGUGCAGUGCAGUGACCCGCGACACCAGUGAUCAGUGUGACGUCACGGGGGCCAGUGAUUUUGUUAGUGCGACCGCGCAGUGAUCAGUGCUCAGUGUGUGUGGAGUGAACCAGGUGCCGUUUGCGUCGAGGCACCGGUGAUGGCGCGCCCGUGGCAUCCUGGCUAUUAUGGUUGAGAAUGUGGGCGGUCAGUGCGGGCGUGCGGCGGUCACCAGGGUUGCAAGUAGUCGCGUGGAGUUGCGUGCGUGCCGUGUGCGUGCGUGCCGCGGCGUGCACGUGGUGGGCGUGAAGCCGUGCGACGCGCCCGCGCCCUGCCCUGCGCAUUAUGGACUGUGUCUGCCCGUGGUGGUGAACCUCACUGACCCGGCCAACGCCCUCGGGACCGUCCAGCCCGACAAGGACGCCAUUCUGGACAUUGUAGAAGCCAAUCGCAGGAAACAGGCCGCCGCCAGGACCAGGAAGGCCUCGGGGGACUCCCACAGCCCCCAGCAGACGUCCCCCUCGCCGCUGGGAGAUUCUCCCACCCCCAUUGACACGCUGCAGCAGGCGGGGCAGCAGAAACAGCAGCCGUCCGCUGCUGAGAGCUGGCGCAUCGCGCGCGCCGUACAGCGUUGGGCCCAAGGCUUCGGGAAGGGCGAGAGAGAGCGAGACAGUAGAGAGGAAGAGAGGAAAUACGAGGAGGGGGCGGGCACGCUGGCCGAGCUGGCUGCAGAGAAGCGGGCAGGGCGCGCGGCCCCUGGCCCCGAGCCGCCCACGGGCGCCCCACGCCAUCAUGAAGCCGUCCAACUCUUUUCGGAACUGAUGCAGACCGACGACGUGUCGACCAUAGCGGCGCAGAUCGCUAACCAGGCCGAGCUCAUCUACCAGACCUGGAAGACGACCGGCCUCAACCCCACCGAGCUCAUCCGCUACCACAGCGUCACCUCGGAGGGGAGCCUCUUCCAGGGGGGCGAGCAGAGUGCCUCCGCUGGGGACCCCCACACCCCCUCCACCCCUUCCACGCCCUCUCCCACGGCCAAGCCCCGCACCCCCGCCAGGAGCAUCAGCCCUGCGCCCCCCGGCUCCUCCCCGGCCGUGCCUCGGAAGGUGAUUGAGCCCUCGCUGCACAACGGCCGCCCGCACUCCGCGUCCCCUGUGCGAACCCUCAACACUUCCCCUCGCCCCUACAUCCCGCCCACUGUCUCACCUCAGUCCCCGGGGGCGCACCCGCACCAGCAGCCGCAGUUCCAGCAUCAGCAUCAACAGAUUCAGCAACAAACAUAUCAUCAGCAACAGCAGCUACAUCAACAGCAACAGCUGCAUCAUCAUCAUCAUCAACAGCAACAGCAGCAGGUAUACGCAAGCAACAACGUGUCCCCUGCGGCCCCUCAGUCCCCUCGGUUGUCCUACGCAUCCCCCGCGUCUCCGUCCCUUUCCCAGGGGAGUCCCCGUCCCUACGUGUCCCCGUCCGCCCCCCAGUCCCCCCGCGGGGCCUUGACCCAGCCGCCACCGCCCCCCGAAAGGUCGUCUUCGUACACAGGCGUAGACUCCAGUCCGCAGGCGCAGCAGGGACAGGACAGCCCCUUCGACAUCCUCGCCGACCCCGAGCUGGAGGCGUCCCUCCAGGAGCUUGUGAACUCUUUCGUAAUCGAGGACAAGGCGCGCCACCACGCCGCCGCGGUCGCCGCGCUGGCGUCCCAACGGCCCAAGAGCGCGCCCUCGUCCAUCCAGGAGGCGCUGCAGAGGUUCGAGCGGCAGAUGGCCAUCACCUCCCGCGCCGCCGCCCAUGCAGCUGACAACGUGUCCAACUCCUCCUCGCCCGCCGCCUCCCCUAACACCAUGGGCACCUUAGGAAGGUUCUCGCAGCAGCAGCAACAGCAGCAGCUGACCAACAGUAUGUCCACCAGCCUGAGUAGUAGCAACAUCAGCAUUAGCAGCAGUAGCAGCAGUACGAGCAGCAGCAGCAUGAGCAUCAACACAGCGAGUCGGCGGCUCGGCGGCACCCGCAGCGACUCCGAGUGGACCCGCAUGCACGGCGACGGCGAGGGGCGUAGCCGGCGCUCGGCGUCGCCCAACCCGCCGGUGUCGCAGCCGGGCUGGAACGAGGGCCCCUCUGCCAACACCUCCACGUGGCCACUCAAGAACAAGCAGCCCAAUGUCGUGGAGAGGAAGUCUAUGCAGAGCCAGCACAUGGCCUCGCACAUGACCGCCGGCUCGGCUGCACAGUCGUCGUCCUACUCGUCCUCGUCCUCGUCCGUGUCCUCGUACACGUCGUCGAGCUCCAACACGAACACGACCACCAACUACAUCACGACGCUGGAGGCGCGGGUGGAGAGCUCAUCCUCGCAGAAGUUCUCGGGGGUUCCUCUGCGGCACAAGGUGGUGACCAUGGCGGCCGUUGACAAGGAGGAGGAGCGCCUCAUGCACGCCCUCCGCACGGGGACGCUUAUCGAUGACGGCGACCACUUGAGGCCCUUGGGGCAGGCCCGCCCCACUUCCGCCCCCGUGUCAUCCCCACAGACGUCGCUCCACACGCCCAACAGCACCAUCAUCACCUCGGCCACCCCCAACAGCCUGCCCAACCAGACGGAGACGCAGGAGUUCCCCGCGCAGGGACGGCGCCCCAAAUUCUCCAUCAGCGUCACCGUUGACGUCGAUAAACCCAAAGAGAAUCAGCAGCAACGGGUACAGCAGCAACAGCUGCAACAACAGCAACUAAAGCAGCAACAGAUGCACAUUCAACAGAAGGUACAGAAGAUUGCAAGCACAAGCUCAGCUGUGGAGAAAUCUGGCUCCCCGGUGCGCGUGGUGGCCAAGAAUCCGACUGAGGGCGACAUGUCCAUCGUGGACUUCGCCAAGGUGCGCUUCCAGGAGUCACAGCAGCACCCGCACUCCACUCAGCGCCUCGAGGACUACCGCAACAUGUCCAAGCAGGUGGUGAGCAGCGACGGCCGCGUCAUGAUGGCCCGCACGCGCUUCGAGAACGGCAGCACGUCGCUCUCGGACUCCAUGUGGCGGGGCGCGAUGAGCAUCCAGGCGGACGAGGUGGGCUCUACCCUGCCCGAGUUCUACCGCCGCAAGCUCCGCAAAAUGCGUAAAGCCGGGUCACCCGAGCCCUUGGUGGCCGGGAGUAUCUCGACGUUGCCGCACCCGGAGCUGACGGACCAGCAGAAGGCCCACAUCAGGGAGAGGUCCCAGAGCCCGACCACGGGCUACAACAGCGCCGGCGUGGCCAUCCGGCCCUUCCUCACGCAGGGCAGCGUGGCGGAGCGGGUCCUCAUUUUCGAGAGGGCCCCGGCCGAAAUGAAGCCCAAGCCCAGCACGGGCGCGCCCGUCCCGGAGAAGAGGCGGCCCGCGGUCAACACCUGGCGAGAUCCAGACGAAGUCCGCUCCUACGUGCAGUUUUGGAACAUCCUGAACUUUUUGGGGGCGUUAGACGAUUUGACGGACGGCAUCGCUUCCCCGCCCUCGCCCGCGUCCCCAGCCACCGCCCGCCAGAUCGAGGCCCCGCCGCCCGCAACACAGGAGACAAAGUCGCUGACUUACGUCCGGGAGAACAGCGCCGCCCACAAGGAGAAUGCCCGCCCGCUCCCCACGUCCCCGCCCACGACGCCCGUGUCCCCGCUGUCGCCGCCCACGCCUCAGGGCUCGGUCAGCACCACCUCGGCCACCAUCACGCCCGGGGUCGCCCACAACGCCCACCCCGCCCCCGGCUCCCCCGUGGGCGUCGUGCCCUCGGCCCCCGCGCCCCUGCAGUCCCCGAGGGCCACCAACACCAUCCGCCGCCACACGAAGGCCACCAAGAACCUCCUCAUACCCAGAUUCUAUUACCCUAUGGGCCGCCCCACAACCCAGGUGUCCCAGGAGCAGUCAAUAUCACGGGUCAAUGCUGUGUUCCGAGAGAAUGGAGGUCAGAUAACACGGGACAACAUGGAGCCACUGGUAAGGGCUUGCCAAGUCCCACUCUACUGGAAGGCUCCUCUCUUCAUUGCUGCUGGUGGAGACAAGCUGGGCUACCUCACACAGGAGCAGUUCUCAGACUAUUGGAGCAGAGUGAUCUCUACCUGUCACGACAUGGCCUCUCGCUUUGUCCGAGUGCUGAGUCGUGGCGUUCGGAACUACCUCAUGCCAGAGGACUUUCUUAGCAUGAUUCAGGAUGUGGUGGACACCCACCCUGGCCUCACCUUCCUCAAGGAAGCCACUGAGUUCCACUCCAGAUAUGUUCAUACAGUCAUAGCAAGAAUAUAUUAUUGUGUAAAUAGAUCCUGGUCUGGUAGAAUAACAGUUCCAGAACUUAGGAGAUCAAACUUGUUACAAGUUAUAAGCUAUUUAGAGGAAGAAGAAGAUAUUAAUCAAAUCACUGAUUACUUCAGCUAUGAGCAUUUUUAUGUUAUUUAUUGCAAGUUCUGGGAAUUGGACACAGAUCAUGACCUGUUCAUUGACAAGCAUGAUCUUGCAAAACACAAUGAAAGAGCGCUGUCAUGGCGCAUGAUUGAGCGAAUAUUCAGCGGCGCAGUCACCAGAGGAAGGCUGCAGAAGCAGGACCGCAUGGGCUACCAAGAGUUUGUCUGGUUCCUGAUAUCUGAGGAGGACAAGCGGCAUCCCACAGCCAUUGAAUAUUGGUUCAGGUGCAUGGACCUGGAUGGGGAUGGCUAUCUGUCCAUGUAUGAGUUAGAAUACUUUUAUGAGGAGCAGCUGCAGCGCAUGGAGGCCCUCGGCAUCGAGACUCUUCCCUUCCAUGACUGCCUCUGUCAGAUGUUGGAUAUGGUGCGUCCAGAAAUGGAUGACAAGAUAUCCCUAAGGGAUCUGAAGCGCUGCCGCAUGACACCCAUAUUCUUCGAUACGUUCUUCAAUCUCGAGAAAUACCUAGAUCAUGAGCAGCGUGAUCCCUUCGCAUCACACAGAGCCGAGGAUGAUGGGCCCGAGUUCCUGCAGGUAUCGGAGUGGGAUCGGUAUGCGGCUGAGGAGUACGAGCUGCUGGUGGCAGAGGAGGGUGGAGCUGAUCACCAGGAUGAUAUGUUCUACGGUGAUGAAGAUGAGCUGUCGAUGGGUUGUGAUGAUGCCUUAGACUCCAGUCCGGGAGGUGGCCGAACCCUGACUGGGGGUGUGGUGGGUGGUGGUAGUGUAGGGGGAGGUCUCAACAAGCACUCGCCCCUCUCAGCCACCGUCACCAACCUUGCGGCCGACUCCAUGGACGUGGAUGAUGACUACCCAGAUUAUGCAGACUCAGAUGACUACCAGUACUAGAACACACCACUGACAACCACCCUCAUCAUUGCCAUAGAUGUAAAAGAAGCUGACUGAUGAACCGAUUCUCAACUCCUACAAACAACGGUUCUUGCUGUAGCUCCUGUAAUGGGAACACGUGCAACGCCCCCCAAAGAUUGGAUUAGGGUCCUGGAUGUCACGCGCGCUCUCUUUCUUUCUCUCCCACUAUCCCUCUUGAUGGUUUUCUUCGCAGGGACAUUGGUUAGCCAGAGCAAUAGAAAGAGGUUGAUUUCUAUGAGGUUUAUAGAAUAUUUUAUAUAUGUAUAUAUAUAUAAAGAUAUUUGGGUUCUGUUACAUGAUCUUGUUACAGUUGUUGACAUUAAUGUGAAUGAGAAAUAACUAAAGUGUGUGAUUGAUCCACAAGAUUUUCAAGGAGCCGAGUUAUUUUUAUGUUUUUCUGGCAAAAGGGAAGAAGAGGGCAUGUGAAGGCUCUCCUGCCCUUCCCUAUGAAUGUGGCCUUUACGUAGAUAUUAAAGAAAAAUAGCUUUUCCUCAAAAUUUUAGGCUGAUGGCACAGCCUCCCAUGUAUUGAUAAUUCUUGAAUUAUAUCUAAGCAUUUUUUCUUGUUAUUUCUUCUUUUUUUAAUUUAUAUUUAUUUUUGGCCUUUUUCAAUCACUAAUCCAGUACAGACACUAGACUUUUUCAGACAGAUUUUAUAGUGUAUGUGAAGAUACACCCUAAAAGCUGCAGUCUGAGUAAAUUAAAAACAAAAAUUCAAGAAUGGCAGUUAUUUAUGACGAAGUGCACCUUCGUUCAACAGUGUUUACAGAAAGACUUCAAAAAAAGGAUUAUAGGAAUUGGUCAUAUAUAUAUAUACACUUUCUUUCCAGUUUUUGAUGUUAGGCAGAUUUUCUUGUAGUACGCAUAGCAGCUUUGUAUGCAAGAUAUCUGAUAAGAUGAAUCCAGUGAACCUGCUCCUCCAACAGUGUAAUGCAGCGAUGACAUUCUUCAUCAUGAAACUCCUAACUUAUGUGAAACAAGUACCCCAACCUCACCGCAUGACCCUAACCCCAUCCCUCAUGUGCCAAGAAGCAUGCAAAGCCCUCUAUUGCUUGUGGAUGCUGAACUGUUCUGUGCAGUAUUGAACACUUCUUGAAAGGGCAAAGAACAUGUUCUCCCUAAGUGUAAUGUGCAUGAAUGUCUGAAACCUUGAACCAAAGAUGUACCCAACAGUGAAUCUUACAAGAUUGCAGCAAAGAAUUAUAGUGACUGUGCAUGGAUAGCAUUUGCAACCAACCCUGUUUGUUUCUCAUAUUUCAUGAGACUACUGAUCUGUGAGUGUGUGGCUUAACAGGGGAAAAUGAUCACAAAGUGGCACAUGCUGUUUAUGUGUGCGCCUGCAGUGUCAGUGCUAGAUAUUUUGAAACUUUUUUCUCUUUCUUUUCCUUUUUUUUUUCUUUUUUUUUACGAACUUACAAAGUAAUUUUAGAAAAGAUUCCCAAACACUGUGAUGCACCAACCAUUGUGUGGUGCUUGCAACCCUCUUUACCUUGUAAUGCUAAGGACAAGUUUAACAAGUUUUCUAGUGAAUGAGCAACUUUGAAUAAAAAAACUUGAAAGAAUGUGAUCAAUAACACUGUUCUGUGUAGAUGGUGAUAAUCCAGAGAUAAAGAAUUAUUCAGUGCUUUAAUUUGAACUGCAUUGUGGGUGUCAUUCUCCCAGAACUAAAAAGAUGGAUAAUGAGGUAUCUGCACAGGUGACUUUUGCCUCAGAAAUUUGGUCUUCCUUACCUACUCACUGAAGUCCCUCCGUGAAGUGCCUCUUUAUGUAUUAAAAAAUAAUGUUAAUGUAAAAAAAAAAAUGGAUACCAGUUGAACUCUUGGUAGACUUUGCUUACAUAUUAUCUAUCAGUAUGCGUAGUAGUGAGAAUGAGGAGAUCGUCACGAAACCUUGAGUGGGAGUGGAACAGGUAUGCUGUGUGUGUUAUUCAGCCUGUCCUGUUAUAGCCUAAGGUGAAGUAAGGUGAUGUAAAAUUAUCCUAUGUAGCUCUGCCUGCAAUUUUACAACUUUGUGGAUAUACAAGUAACCUAUAUACUCCUAUACCAUGUACAUUUGUUAACAAGGUUAUUCACCAGGCUGAGUUCCUUACAGUAAAGCACAAAAAAAAAGAAAAAAAAGUUGGUAAAUAAAUUAUAUUUAUCAUAUAAACCUGGUGAUUUUCCUAACCCUGUCCAAGUGGAGUAAACAGCUCUGGUAGUUGGAUUUUCCCCUCACAAAAGAGAAAUGAAAUGAAAUGUGAUUCCUUGUGCUUUGAAGUGCCAUUCUUUCUGCCCGGUGCAGAAGGAAAGAGUGAGGAUUAUAACACUAUUUUUAUUACACUCACCCCCUUGUCCCUUUGCUGUAUCGUAGAACAGUAAUUGUGAAUUAUUAAAAUGAUGAUAAUAUAGAUAUUUUAGCUGAUUUCACUGGUUAAGAAUGUCUUCUUUCAUAGUCCGAUGAAAAACUGGCACCAUCUGAAUAACAUCUGAAAGUUGGUUUUUAUUCAGGAGACUUGUAAACAUUUUUACUGCUCACUCUCUUGUACUCAUAUGUCAUUAGUUGUUGAAAUAUCUGUAAUAUAUUUAUUUUAUUCAACCACUCCGUAGCUGAUUCAUAUUAGGCAAAUUACAAGUAGAAUACAAGUGGCCUUUUUUCUCUUGAUUUUUUUUUUUUUUCUUUUUUUGUAAGUGAUUUACAGUUAUGAAAAUUUCUCUCUCUUUUUUGUGUAAAGUGAAUUAGUAAUUUUUAGUAAUUCUUUGAGACUGUUUUUGAUAAUUAGAAAAAUUUUCCUGUACUUUUCCUUUUUUUUUAAUUCUUAUUUUGUGUUGUGCAAUGAUAGAUUUGUGGCAGCAGCAUUAUAUAACUUGAGUGCUCAUUUUGUGCACCUUUUUCAAUAUCAUUCUGUGGAAAUUUGAAGUAAUACAAUUGUUUUCAAGUUUACUUUUAUGAUUUUUUUUUUCAUUGUAAUUUUUACUGUACACUUGUAUUAUGAUAGUUCAACUCUCAGUCACUGAAUAACAAAAUGCAAAUCAGUAAUCUCAGGACAUGAUGUGUAGCUGGAAGCUGUGACGAGGGAUUCUUAUCAGCCGACUGGAUCCUUAGGGUAGAGAUAUACUGAUGAUGGGUAAUUUGAGGAUAAUUCAAUUAGUAAUGAGAAAUUUUAUGUAGCUUCUCGGAGAUUUUUUUUUUUUUUUUCUUUUCCUGUUUUUCUAUUUUGUUUUCUUUUUUCUCUAUUUUCUCUAUUUAUUAUUAUUAUUAUUAUUAUUUUUUUUUUUUUUUUUUUAUAAACUAGAAGAAGAUGGUGGAGUAGAGGAAGCCAAACUCAUGAUGAUGAUGAUAAUAAUAAUAAUAAUGAUAAAAAAAAGUAUUAAAAAUAAAAUAAAAUAAACAGCCUGUCCCCCCUAUCCCUUCUUCCCUCUCAGUCACGCUCCAAACUAGUCAGGAUGUCAAGUUAUAUACAUUUCCUCAGUUCAUCGCGUUUUUAAUGUCCGCUGCUGCAAAGUGCAACACAUCACCAGCAACUCCCAAUUGGGUCAUGAAGUUCUAUUGAUCCCCAGUGUUUUUGUGAAGUGAAAAAAAAAUGUAAAUGGUGUUGGUAUCACCUUGUUUGUAUGUUUAGUGUAUUUGUAAUAUGUUGUAUAAAGGAGUUAACGUUCA